CGCAGAAAAGCUGAUGAUAGAUGAUUUGAAGGAAACAGCCCUUUCAACAGAGCUGCAUAUAACUGUGUAUCUUAGCAAUUCCCCAUGCUCUAGUAUUGAACACAAUUGCACUUAUGAUUUGCGAAAGUUUUUGGACGACUUUAGACAUGUAAUGUUGAAAAUAUAUGUAACUAGUUUGUACAAUAUUCGUCGAAAAUCUUGCGAUAAAGACCACAACAAACACAAUCAUAUCAUAAAAGAUGAAGACCACUUUGCAAACUCAACAGGAUUAUGGAAUCUAAUGCAACAUGAAAGAUGUGAGGUCAAGGCGUACUCUAAGAAAGUCUGGGAAAAAUUAUUAAAGGAGCUGAAACUAUCAAAUAGUGAUGAGCACGAUCUUUUGAAAACAUACACCGACAUAAGGAACGGAAAUGACAGAAGCAGAGAAGAGGAAGAUAAACGUAUCCUGAAAGAUCUGCGCUCUAUCGAUCACGAUAUACUAGAACAGAUAUGGGGAGAAAAUCCUGACGAUCGAGACUCAGUCAGACCUGCAUGCCUAAUCUGCACAAUAGAUAUUAUUGACUUUGGAGCUAUAAAACUGAUGAAAUGUGACCAAGGAGAUAAACACACAGGAGCUGUUACUAAAGGAAUUAGAGGAACUUAA